CCUAUCACUCUUGAACAGAACAGUUCGCUGGAUAUUCACUAGAGGGCGCAAAAAAUCCAAGUUUUUCCUGAAACAGCAUCCGGUGAAUGGAGUAGACGAGGAGAAUUCCUUCAGGUCCUCUUUCUUCAGCCUUCAAAGAUUGUGAUGAUUCUCACAAAUGGAAGACAUCAACCUACAUUAUCGCUUUUUGAACUGGAGAGGGCGAAUACGAGAAAUUCGUGACGGGCGAGCAGUGCGAUACCGGGAGCGCCUGAAAAGGAUGCUGAGGGAUGGAGACGUGCUCAGGUACCACGGGAACUCGGAUGAAGUUGGCUGUUUUGUCGCGGCCAGGCCUUUGUCGAAGAGAAAUCGCUAUUUUGAAGUGACCAUCAUUGAUACUGGGGUGCGGGGAAUGAUCGCUGUCGGUUUAGUCCCUCAGCUCUACAAGUUGGACCACCAGCCGGGCUGGCUCCCGAAUUCUGUGGCUUUGCAUGCAGAUGAUGGCAAGCUCUACAACGGCAACACUCUAGGACAACAAUUUGGUCCAAAAUGCAGCAGAGGUGACCGAAUUGGCUGUGGUAUAUCAUUGGACUCCGAUGAUGGACAGUUGACGGUGUUUUUUACCAAGAAUGGUAAAGAAGUCGGUAGAGUAGACAUGGCAGCAUCCGAAGCUCUCUACCCUGCGGUGGGAAUGCACUCUCUGGGGGAGGAAGUGCUACUGGACCUUAGUGCUGAAUGGGCAAUGGAGGACGAGGAUGGACUGAUGAUAGUAGACAGCCAUGAAGACGACUGGGGGCGCCUCCAUGACAUUAGAGUGUCUGACACACUGCUGGAGUACGUGGGGAAAGGAAAGUGCAUCGUGGACGUGGGCUUGGCUCAGGCCCUUCGCCCGCUCAACACACGCUUCCACUACUACGAGCUGGAGAUCACAGACGCCGGCGAAAAGUGUUACAUCGCCCUGGGCCUGGCGGUAAAGGAUUAUCCUAAAAACAGCCAUCCAGGUUGGAGCAGAGGUUCCAUCGCUUAUCACGCUGAUGACGGCAAAUUGUUCCAGGGCAGCGGUGUCGGGGACGUCUUCGGACCACGCUGCUUCGCAGGAGACGUCAUGGGCUGCGGGAUCAUGUUUCCGCGUGACUAUAGCCACGGCGCCGUAGAUGACGACUGGGACCUGGAGGUGUUUCCGCGGCCCAGCGAAGUCCAGAACGACUUGUACGCGGGCGACGAUGACGGCGAGGCCGAAGACCUGGAUGGGGAGACGGUCACGGUGUUCUUCACCCGGAACGGGAAGGUGGUGGGCCGCAGGAAGGUGGCCUUACCCGCAGGAGGCUUCUACCCCACCAUCGGCAUGAUGAGCACUGGGGAGAAAGUCCGAGUGGAGCUGCACCCUCUGAGUGGAUGAAGGCGGGACUCAACUUUACCUCAUCAUGAACAAGCUGCUGCAAGUUUGUACGUUUUACACUAAAAGGACGCCAAUUAUGUCGGGCCGUCACCUGCCAUCCUUUAAGCUGAGCAGAAAGCCUGUUAAUUUUGUGUGGGAUUGUGUACAUUGUGCACAUGACUGCUGAAAUACUGACAUCUAGUGGUCAGAGUGCAGUAGUGCAGUCAUGGUGGCGUUUAGAUCCACCAUCAUUGUUGUCCUUGGAAAAUAAGAAUUUGGGUCAAUUUUGAAGGCAUAGUCAAGAAUAUAAAAACAUUUAUUUUGAAUUUUAGUCUUUAUGGGAAAAUACACUUGGUGUUCUAGAACGAAAAGGGAGUAAAUCAUUUUAAUAGGAAUUUGUGACCAAAAAAACCCAACAAAGCCAUAAAAACAUUUUCUGCUCUCAGGUAUAUUUAAUAUAUUAGAGAUGACUUAUUCAUUUAAGUCACUUUGCUUAUUUAGUUUCUUGGCUUUGGUACGGAACCAAUAGUUUAAUAUAUUCAUUUAUUUUUUGUUCUCAUCCAAUUAUAAGAUUCGGCAACAGUUCCUCACGGAAAGACGGUCGUGGGUUUAAACGCCACACUUUUGUCGUCUCCUACGGUUUGAAAACCUGCACGCCGGCUUCCCCGAACACCGAACUGACUGCAGAUGAGAGCGCUUGUCUAGCACUAUGCUGGGAUAGGCUCCAGCUACAAACUGCUAGUGCGCCACUUGUUUUUAUUAGCUUUCUGCAAAUUAGAAAAAAUGCGAUGAAUGAAUGCAAUAUAGGAGUAUAAAGUGUAAUCAAGGGGCAGCACGGUGGAAGAGGGGUUAGUGCGUCUGCCGAACAAUACGAAGGUCCUGAGUAGUCCUGGGUUCAAUCCCGGGCUCAGGAUCUUUCUGUGUGGAGUUUGCAUGUUCUCCCCCAUGACUGCGUGGGUUCAAAGACAUGCACCUGGGGAUAGGUUGAUUAGCAACACUAAAUUGGCCCUAGUGUGUGAGUGUGAUUGUUGUCUAUCAGUGUUAGCCCUGUGAUGAGGCGGCGACUUGUCCAGGGUGUACACCGCCUUCUGCCCGACUGUAGCUUGAGAUAGGCACCAGCGCCUCCCGUGUCCCCAAAAAGGGAAUAAGCGGUAGAAAAUGGAGGGAUGGAAGUGUAAUCAAGUGUGGACUGCUUGAAUGUAUGGAUCAUCAUGGUCAUCAUAAGUGCAAGCGAGCUUGUAAAUUAUUUCCCAGCAGCUCACUUUAGUUGUGCUUAAGCUGUGUACUGUGCCGAUCUUUGACCCCAAUGACCAAAGUGCCUUCAUGUUUACUGUAAUGUGUUUGUCACACUGCUGUAUAUAGAAGUGUCUAUUCUGCACAUUUUCAAUUCACGUGUGACGGCUUUAAAGUCCUCCUCAGGCGUCUCGUCUAUUUUGUCUGCUGCUUACAUGCCAAGAUUAGUAGGACAUAUUUGUACACACAAUAAAGGUACAUGCAUGUUU